UUGUUGUUGUUAUGCAAUUGUAAAAUGCCGCAAUUUGAUGAAACUUUUUUGAGCGACUGCGCGCUGGCCGAACGCUGGCGUUUCUAUUCGUAUACGGUGAAGCAACCGCUGCCAGAUGAUCAACAUGAUCAGCAACAACAACAACAACAACAGCAGCAAUCAAAUCAGUGUGCGCGUUGGUCAAAGCGUGAUAACAACAACAACAAUAGCUGCAGCAGCAGCAGCAGCGGCAGCAACUACAACAACAACAACAACAACAACGCAACGCUGCAUGACAUCAAAUUCCACAGGCGGCGCGAAUAUACAAAAUUGCCACGUUUGGCUUUAUCAACAGCAGCAACAACACCAACAACACCAGCAACAACACCUCAAUGCACACCAUUGACACCAUCGUAUUUGCUGGUCAAGAAUGUGUUGCUCUACGGCAGCAUCAGUUCUCCAUCCACGCCCAGUAAUUGCUCGGGGUCGGGCGGCGGCGGCUGCAACAGCAGCAGCAACAACAGCAUCAACAGUGGCAGCAUCUACGCGGCUCACUCUUCCAGCGCAUCAUCGACGCCGCCGCCACAGCCGCCGACAACACCGUUGCAGAGCGGACGAGCCGGUGGCGUGCCACCUGCACCACCGAGCAGCACAUCGUCCUCGUCGUCAUCGGGCGGCGGCGGCGGUGGUGGCGUCAGUGGAUCGUCCGGCCAUAAGAACAGUUUGAAGGGCACAAAAUUGGCGCGACGAGCGCGCUCCUUCAAGGACGAUCUGAUUGAGAAAAUCUCACUGAUGCGCACCACAAACAACACGCUCGGCCGGUCGCAUUCGCCGCACAGUCCGCGCAAUAAGCAUGCCACCAAGCCGCCGCCCACCACCGAGGAGGUGCAGCGAUCCACACAGACGCUGGAGACGCACGUCAAGGACAUUUCGAAUGCGCUCAAACACUUUCGCGAUGUCAUACUCAGAAAGAAGCUGGAAGUGCUGCCCGGCAAUGGCACCGUCAUCCUGGAGACCAUUGCCAGCAUGUAUUCCGUCAUCCAGUCGUACACACUGAACGAGAACAGUGCCAUCAUGAGCUCGGCCACCCAGCAGGUGUAUCAAUCGCUUGGCAAGCUCAUCAAGCUCUGCGACGAGGUGAUGCUGAGCGAAAAGAGCACCGAAUGCGCCUCCCUGAGCAAUGAGAACGUCCGUGAGGUCAUCGAUCUGCUCGAGGAUGCUGUGCGCAAUCUGGUCACACUGGCGCAGGGCAAACUCAAGGAGCAGGAUCAGUGCACGUUUCGCUACAGCGGCGGUGGCCUGGGCGGCAUCGGUGCCGCCGCCGACAUAAUGGGCGCCGUGACCGCCGCCAGCACGGCGGGCGGUAGUGUGCCCGGACUGCAUACGCCGACCGAUGCGGCCGCGGCGGCUGCGGUCGCGCAGCGCACGUCGCUGCCGGACAUUGCGCUGACGCCCAAGGAGCGCGACAUACUGGAGCAGAGCAAUGUGAAUCCGAUGCGCGGCUCUCACAGCACCGAGAGCAUACUGCGCGACACGAGCCCGCCGCCAAAGCCGCCGCUGCCCAAUCGGUCGAGCAAUCCGCCGCCGUUACCACCAAAGCGUCGCAGCCAGCCGCAAUCGCAGCUGGCGAAUGUCAAUGCGUCCAAUAGCAAUAUGAAUACCAAUAACAAUACCAAUAUCAAUACCAAUAUCAAUACCAAUACCAAUAACAAUGCCAAUGCCAAUAGCAAUAGCAAUACCAAUGCGAACAGCAACUGUCACUCGUCGCAGGCGAAUAGCCCGUUGCCCUAUGCGCAGUCGCACAACAUCAGCAUCAAUUCGGAUCUGGACUGCAGUUCGAAUUUCUCGCUGCUUAACUACGGCGUAGAUCGCCUUUCGGUGCGUUCCCGUUCACCCGACGAGAACAGCCAAUGCUCGUUCGACUCGGCGCUGAAUCAUUCACGCGAGGAGGAGGAUCAAUUGCAGAAGCCGCCAUCGAGAACGCUGCACCAUCAGCAGCAUCAACAGCUGGACGACGAUGUCGACAAGCUCAUCAGCUACACAGAGAAUCCGAACGCUGCUGCAGCUGCUCCUGCUGGUAUUGCCAACGCCUUGUCCCAGGAGGCGGGCAUGAGCAGCGUCCAGCUGACGCCGCAUUUGCCGGCCGCCAGCUCUGAUCCUGCACCGGGCUUUGGUGUAGGUUCAGGCUCUGGUGCAGGUUCUGGUUCUGGUUCCGGCGCCACUGAAGUCAAUACGGAGCUGCGCACAGCGGCGGCUGAGUUAACCAGCAAUCGUCAUUCGAAUGAAUCGGGCUUCGUGUCGAUGAUGUCAUUUCGCACCUCCACGCAGAGCGUUUCGAAGCGCUCCUCGGAGCACAGCGUGCAGUCUUCGACGAAAUCAUCGAGCAGCAAUUCGGAGAUUGUUUUCGGCAUUAGCGAGCUGACCUCCGCCUCCUCGUUGUCGUCAAACACAACAACAACAACAACAACAACCACAUCGGCAUCAACGACGAGUCGAAGCAACAGCAGCAACAAUGACUUCCAUCAGAUGAGCCAAACGCAACGCCACAUCACCAGCAACAGCAGCAGCAGCAGCAAUGCGACGGCAACAACAAUUAGCAGCGAGCAAUUGCAGGCGCUGGGCAGCAACUGCUCCUCGCCGGAGAUGGCGCCGGCGCUGCCACCUAAAAUGAAGUCACGGGCUGCCAUGAAGUUGCUCGACGCGGCGAUGGAUGUGCUGGACGAUUGCAAUUUCGAAAUGGCAGAGCUGCGUCAAUUGUCGCCGCACCAUCAUGCGUCGUCGACGCAUCUGCAGUGGCAUUCCAAGCAUCACAGCCUGAUGGAGCCGCCGCCGCGCAGCGCCCAUUUGCCCACCAGCUGUAGCAGCGCCUUCGACGGGCAGUCGGAGAAGCCGCCGCCGUUGCCCAAGAAGACAACGCACAGUGUCGCCACAAGCAAUGCCCAGCGCACUCGUAACAAUAUCGCCACUGAGCAAUACCAAAUUAAAAAACCUUGCCAAAUUGUUGUACGCAAAACUCUAACCCAUCUAAAUUAUCGUUCCAAUCAACAUCUAGUGUUUCAGAGUGUCGCCUUCUCGGUUUUGGCUUACAUGGAAGUCUGUUCGGCGAAUUCCGUAGCGCAGAAUCGGCAUACGGUGCACGCGUACAACACCAGCCGCAACAUGUCGCAUAGCCAGACCAUGAACAUAAUGUCGGUGAGCAAGCUGGAGACACCGCCUGCGCUGCCGCCGAAGAACUACAAGCAGCGCAAGUCGUCAACGACGAUGUCGACGCUAUCGGGAGCGACGCCGCCAGCGAUCAUAACCACACCUCCAGCCAGUCCAAAGCCAAUGGCGAUGGGCGAUACGGCGUUACGGAACAGCCGCAUGACCACCGUCUGCGAGGAGCUGCACGAUGCGUCCAAUCCGAAGGAUGAGCCCACGGACAGCACCACGGCCACUGCGAUGCCAACGGCUGUGGUGGAUAGCAAUGAGAAUGUGGGCGGCUCCACCUUCUAUUGCCACUCGCACCAAUUGCCCAGCGAAACGUUGGCCGGUGCAGCGGAGCAACUGGCCACGCCCAUCAGUACGCCCAAAUUGUUGGAUACGAACGAGGCGCUGGUGCCAGAUCCAUUGGCCAGAGAGCAUGCGCUUGCUGAGCUGGACGAAGAGGAGGUCGAUGAGAUGGAAGAGGAGGAGGAGGAAGAUGACGACGAGGAGGAGGAGGAAGAAGAGGGAGAGGUCGAUAAUCAAUUGCCAAAUAUGCUCGAAGAGAUCGACAUAACGCCAUACCUAAUACUCAAAAAGAAGGACGAGGAUGGGCCCGAGGUUAAGGGCGGCUACAUUGAUGCACUGAUCGUGCACGCCAGUCGCGUCCAGAAGGCCGAUAAUGAAUUCAGCGAGGCCUUCAUUACCACCUUUCGCACCUUCAUCCAGCCGAUCGAUGUGAUCGAGAAGCUGACCCAUCGAUACACAUACUUCUUCUGCCAGGUGCACGAUCAGAAGCAGAAGGCCGCCAAGGAGACCUUCUCGCUCCUCGUGCGCGUCGUCAACGAUUUAACAUCAACGGAUCUAACCAGCCAGCUGCUCAGUUUGCUGGUGGAGUUUGUCUAUCAGCUGGUCUGCUCCGGCCAGCUGUAUUUGGCCAAGCUGCUGCGUAACAAGUUCGUGGAGAAGGUGACGCUGUACAAGGAUCAGCGCAGCUAUGCCUAUAUACCCGAACAAUUGGGCAGCGGCAGCAAUAGCAACAAUCAGCUCAGUCUGCUCGACUUGAAGUCACUGGAGAUAGCCGAACAGAUGACGCUGCUGGAUGCGGAGCUCUUUCAGAAAAUCGAAAUACCCGAAGUAUUAUUAUUUGCCAAAGAUCAGUGCGAGGAGAAAUCACCUAAUCUCAAUAAGUUCACCGAGCACUUUAACAAAAUGUCCUAUUGGGCACGUUCCAAAAUCUUGCGCCUGCAGGACGCCAAAGAGCGGGAGAAGCAUGUGAAUAAGUUUAUUAAGAUCAUGAAACACUUGCGCAAAAUGAACAAUUACAAUUCGUAUCUGGCGCUGCUAUCGGCGCUCGAUUCGGGCCCCAUACGCAGAUUGGAGUGGCAGAAGGGCAUUGCGGAGGAGGUGCGCUCCUUUUGUGCGCUCAUCGAUUCGAGUUCCAGUUUUCGUGCGUAUCGCCAAGCGCUGGCCGAAACCAAUCCACCCUGUAUACCCUAUAUCGGUCUGGUUCUACAGGAUCUGACCUUUGUGCAUGUGGGCAAUCAGGACUAUGUGUCCAAGGGCGUGAUUAACUUCUCCAAACGCUGGCAGCAAUACAAUAUUAUAGUGAAUAUGAAGCGCUUCAAGAAAUGCACAUAUCCGUUUCGACGCAAUGAGCGCAUCAUUGGCUUCUUUGAUAACUUUAAAGAUUUUAUGGGCGAGGAGGAGAUGUGGCAGAUAUCGGAGCGCAUCAAACCACGCGGUCGACGCCAAGUCAACUAUUAGUCUAUAAACAGUACAGAAAACAGCUUAACAAAUGCAUAACAACACCAACUACAUUUAUAGUGCAAUGUUUAUAUACACAAAUGCGAACACACACACACACACACACAUACAUACAUUAACUUAUCUAAACUGGGUCUGAGUACUAUAUUGUUCGCUACUCUGCUAUAUGUAUAUAUUAUAUACAUACUAUAUAUGUAUAGCUAUAGAUACAGUUGCACAUAAAAUGUACCUUCAAGCUAACUAUAUAUAUACAUAUAUAUAUAUAUAUAUUUAUAUAGUUGGUUGGAAUACGAUAUGUGUGUAGUUCAAGAAGAAAAUACCGAAAGUAUAUAUAAAAACAGAAUCUAAUAUAUAUAUAUAUAUAUAUAUAUAUAUAUAUAUAUAUAUAUAUAUGCAUGAAUAUUGUGUGCAGCAUACACGUGUGUGCAUCCUUUAACAACUAGCUAAACGAUUAACUUAGUUACCGUUACAAUAUUCGACAGCAAUAGAAGCCCUAAUCGUUUCCUUAAACUACAUAUUGUAAUACAAACAAAACAAAA